GGACUGAGCCUGCAGGUCACAUGACCCUCCACCAUGUGACCAGCUCUGAUGAAGGCCUCUACAGGUGUAACAUCAGCGAUCAUGGAGAGUCUCCAUCCAGCAGGAUCUCUGUCUCAGGUCAGCAGCUUCUCUGUCUGCUUCAACCUUCAUCAUGAGACCAGAACUAAACAUUUACCUUUGGAUCAUUUCAGGGAGAAACACCACCCCUCCUCCAUCCGCCUCUCCUCCUCCUUCAUCCACCUGUCCUCCCGGUUCUCUGUCUCCUCUGGAUCCUUCUUCUCCUCCUCUUGUCUGUAUUCCUCGUUCCCUUCUCAUCUGUCUUGUCUGCAUCUUUGUUCUUCUUCUGCUGCUCGUUCUGCUUCUGCUGUUGAGAUGUUACCUCCAGAGGAAACAUGAAGAUGAAGUUGUUGAGGAUGAGGAUGGAGAUGAAGACCUCCCAUAUAGUGAAAUUGUACACACACGACUACAACCAAUCGGAUGCAGCAAAGACAGCGACCGAGCUUCACUUUACUCUGAAGUGAGGAUAGAGGUCAUGAGAGAUGAACAGACAAACCUCACAGAGUCUGAAGACCAGAUGCAGCUCAGAGAUGAUUCAUGUGCGGUUUACGCAGCUGUGAGAAAAGAAAAGAUCCCAAACAGACCCAACAGAACCAGAGAGCUUCAUCCGGAGCCAAAGAUCCGCUCUCCUCGACUCUAGUCCCAUCGUCCAUCCUGUGAAGUCCAGCUCACAGUCCCUAACUGGUCCCUGAUCUGCCUCAGACCACACCUCAGCAGGAUUUAAUAUUUAUUGUUAUUUUUUAUGAAAAAAAAAACAGCUGAGAAAAUGUACAAAAAAACAAGAAUCUGACUCUGUCAUUGAAUGAAAACUGUUUCAUCACAUUAUGAGAAAAACGGCAACAUUUAAUAAAAGCUAGCAGUUGUUUUGUAAUGAACUGAAAAUUUGUAAUAUAAAGUGUAUUCUUUGAGCAGAAACAAUAAAUGCUGAUUGCCUUUG